UAUCGGCUGUCGAGAAUUUGCAAAGACGCCUGUCAGAUCUUCUUCUUUCUUCUCCUCGUUCAAAACCCUACCUAAAUAAUCUGAACAAUUUCCCUUUUCUUUCAACUUCUUUCGUUUUUCAACCAUGGGAAUAUGGGAAAAUUUCCUCAAUUGGCUUCGAAGCCUCUUCUUCAAACAAGAAAUGGAGCUCUCUUUGAUUGGACUUCAGGGUGCAGGGAAAACUUCUCUUGUUAAUGUCAUUGCUACUGGUGGAUAUAGUGAAGACAUGAUACCAACUAUAGGAUUCAAUAUGAGAAAGGUGACUAAAGGGAAUGUCACAAUUAAGUUAUGGGAUCUUGGAGGUCAACCCAGGUUCCGCAGCAUGUGGGAGAGAUACUGUCGUGCCGUUUCAGCCAUUGUUUAUGUUGUUGAUGCUGCUGAUCACGACAAUGUAACCAUCUCAAAAAGUGAACUUCAUGACCUAUUGAGCAAGCCUUCACUGAACGGUAUCCCUUUGCUGGUUCUGGGUAACAAGAUUGACAAGCCCGAAGCUCUAUCCAAACAGGCUUUAACUGAUCAAAUGGGACUGAAAUCAUUGACGGACAGGGAAGUUUGUUGCUUUAUGAUAUCAUGCAGAAACUCCACCAACAUCGACUCAGUUAUCGAUUGGCUUGUAAAGCAUUCCAAAUCUAAGAGCUAAAGAAGAUACAACCCAACAAGAUCUUUUUCGAGUGUAAUUAUUGUCAUUGUUCCUUUCAUGUCAGAGUUUGGAGAUUGCAUUUGAGUGAUGACCGAGAGUUGCUCUUAAUCAUCAGGUUUGUGAUUGUUUUAUCCCAUUGUGCGGGUAUUUCCUUCUGUAUUCUAGUUCUGGCCUCUUUGUAUACUAAGUCCUUGUUAUUUAUCCAUAUCUUGAUUGAACCCAAUUCCUGGAUCUGUCUCUGUAAGAAUGGAUAGUAAUGGUACAGUAGUAGUGUUAUGUACUAAAGAUUUGAUUAUUUAUUUUUUAUUAUCAUUUGCUAUUGUGAAUAAUAUUUAUGUGAAUUAUCAAUGCAAUUGAGGUUUAGAA